CAUUUUAGGAUUCAUUAAAAACUCCACUAACUUCUGAACAAAAGCCUUACUAAUUCCCAUCAGAUCACCCAGCAGAGAAGAUCUGCUACUCAAUGUUAUUCUCAAAGUGGUACAUCUACAUGGUUACAGAAAUGCCCAUCACUUCACAAACUCCCUGUAAUCAGAGAUAAAGGCUACAAGAUCGGCCGCAGGAAGUCAGGAUGGCCAAAAAGCUGGUGACCGCACAGAAACGAGGGGAGACCAGAGCAAUCUGCCUGGGCUUAGGAAUGGUGGCCUGCUCAGUUUUUAUGUAUUUCUUUAUUGGGGUCACCAUAGUGCCAUUGUACCAAAGAAGUGUCUGGACCAAAGAAAGUGUAUGCAAACUGAUGAAAGCCAGCCUCGAGAAAAAAGUUCAAUUUCCAUUCAGUGAAGGCUUCGGUGAUGAGAAUACUUUUCAUUAUCCUUGUCUGAAGGUCCAGGUCAACCUGACGCGCCUCGGGAAGUUGGUAAUGCUGCACCACACAGAGGACACCGUCUACAGAAAUCCCAAGUGUUCUUUUAUCCCUCCAAAUACGCUGAAUCACAGUGCAGUUCAAAAGCUAGUGAAAAACAUAACGGACAAUUUCAGAAGGGUGCAGAUAUUCCCUUGCUAUUAUGACCCAUCAAGAGAAGAAAAGAAUGCCCUUUUAUGUAGAUUAUAUUCUUUAGAUGGCCUUAUUUUUGCUUUCUUUUGGCCAACUCUGAUGUUGCUUGGUGGGGUCUUGAUUGUCAUCAUGGUGAAAGUAAGUCAGUAUUUUUCUGUACUAUCUGCUUCACAAUCCAGAACAGAAAUCUAG